AGUCUAAUGAGAUGUCUGCAGCCUGUGUGCCGAGCAGCAGCAGCAGCAGCAGCAGCAGUGUUAACCAACAGAAGACAAGGAAAAUCCACAUACAGCAAGACAAAGAUGGCUUUCCGUGCAUUGUGAGGGAUUUAUUGUCACUUUUAAGCUCCUGGAUUUAAAACUAAAGGGCUUGGCUCUUGGGCUUUCACAAUAAAAGACAGCAGCUCCAAAUGAGUGUACCUGCAGCAGCGGCACAGAAAUCAGACGGCAACAACAGUGAAAUGCAAUCAGCUGCAGUGGCUCCCUCCUUCAUCCCCAGUCAGUCGGGGAAGAUACCAGGCAGGAAACGAGGGAGACCCCCACUCCGUAAUGUCGCCAAGAUGGAUUUUCCUAACCGUUAUCCAGAAUCACUCCCUCCACUCAAAGUGCCAAAAAAGAGGGGGAGAAAGCCGGGCUUCAAGCUCAAACCCAGGAUGGUGAUGACGCCUUUGGCUAUUUCUCCACCCAGCAGCACCCCUGAGCCUGAUAUGAGCUCCAUUCCUCAGGAUGCUGCCACUAUCCCCCACUCUGCCACGCCCCAGGUGCUCACAGUCUGUAUCUACAUCAACAAGCAGGCCAACACGGGCCCCAACUUGGACAGGAAGAAGAUCCAGCAGCUUCCUGAUCACUUUGGACCAGACAGGCCCUCAGUGGUGCUGCAGCAAGCCGUCCAAGGCUGCAUAGACAGCGCCUUUCAGCAGAAAACCGUGUUCACCCUCCUCACACAAGGCUACGGGGGAGAAAAAAUAUCAGGUGUUGUACAAAGACCCCACUCAGCCACGUUUGAUGGGAAGCAGCACCUUCUCAGCCUCCCCGUGGUCAACAGUAUUGACUAUGUGCUUCGUUUUCUGAAGAAACUCUGUCGCAGCUUGCACUGCGAAAACCUCUUCAGUGAUCAGCCCAUUACCCAGCACAGUGGUGACUCCUACCAGUCAGAUGCUGAAACGUCCAUGGCUGAAGAUUACCACGUAGACCAGUCAGAUGGCAAGCGCUACUCCGUAGACCCUGGCGACUCCGCUUUCAGCUCCAUAAGCUCUUCCUACUCGCCAAAGGCCUCCUACAGGUUUCGCUCAUCACAGCAGUUCUCCAACGGCUCAGCCUCCAUGAGCAUGUGCAGGCAGUCAUCAACCAGUCCUAACACGUUCCCAGAGAGCAACAGGACAGGAGGUUAUAAUGCAUCGUCAGAGUCUCAAGAGUCCAAAGCUCCACCAAAUAAGGACCCAACCACCUGGUCUGUGGAAGAUGUCGUGUGGUUCAUCAGGGACGCGGACCCACAUGCUCUUGGACCCCAUGUGGAUAUCUUUAGAAAACAUGAAAUCGAUGGAAAUGCUUUGUUACUCCUAAAAAGCGACAUGAUCAUGAAGUACCUGGGCCUGAAGCUGGGGCCGGCCUUGAAGCUUUGCUACCACAUCGACAAACUAAAGCAGACUAAAUGAAACCCUUCCAUGAAUCCAAGCAUACUAUUUGAGCAAGGCCACAUCUCCAGGUCUUAGGUUUCACAGUCAUGAGGUGAGUCACUUUCUUCACGGUCCCCAGAAGCAGGCGUUCGCUUCCUUUGUGGCCACAAACACGCGAAAAAUAAAUUCUACUUUUAACACCUUUUCAUGACAAAGAAACCGUGCCCUAGCUUCCAAGAGAACCAGACAAAGAAUAAAGAUUUGUAGCUUCUGGACAGACUCCCAACGUGAUGUUAAUGACAUAACAGGGGUAAUGUCAAUUAAUUCCACUACAUCACCUUGUAUCUUAUGUGAUGUCAACAUAACAUAAACAUUUUUCAACUUCAUUUUCUGAUCAUUUUUUUUCAAAUCAAUACUUAAACCUGCAAUAACAGAUUUUUCUGGCCACCUGACAUUGUCAUAUUAUCACCUUUCAACUUCUAUAAACAAGUGUUAUAGACCACCUGCUGAACUUUAAUCCAAUAAUCCCAUCUCCUUUUAAGAAAAGGUUUUGGUGCUGUUUGGUGCUGAGUAGGUCACACCGUAAUAAAGCUGAAGAGAGUUGCAAAUUCAGGCAACAACUCUCUGUAUUCUGCUGUAAAACAUGUUCCAGUAAUACAUUUGCGCACAUCCACAUGAGGGUCACUGGUGCCAGUCCCAGCUGGACAGGUCGUCGGUCCAUCGCAGGGCAAACACACUCUCACAUUCACACCUACAAUUUAAAGUGUCCAAUUGAAGGCAUGUUUUUUUUAGAUGGAGAAUACCCCACGAUCACAUGGGGAGAACAUGCAAACACCAUGCAGAAAGACCCUUAAUUUUUUAAAAGCCUGUAUAUGUAACCUAUAAACACCCCCCCCCCCAGGAUGUCCAUAUAAGGAGUUGUGUAUUAUUCCCACCGUAAAUUACUAUGGGUGCACCUGAGUGAGCACUAAGGGUUAAGCAAAGAAAUCGUAUGUUUCAAAUACAGAUAAAUAAAGGAGAAUGAAAAGGGCGGUGAACCUCUCUUCUGGGACUUUGAAGAAAUAGGGGGCGCUACUCACAUGCUCCCCCUUUGAUUUGCUGUGGCUGCAGAGUUUUGGUAUACACUUUUUUCCCCUUCUAUAAACAUUCAGAUUAUGGAAUGCAUUUAACACGUAGACAUUUGGCUCACAGACACAUGCUGUAUAUAUAUAUAUUCAUAAUCGGACAAGAAAUGUAUAUCGAAAACAUUUUAUACCUUAAGACUAUUUUCCCUUUGUCAAAUUUCACUGUAUGAUCUUGUUUACUGGUGUUUAUCAAGGUGAAAAAAAAAAACAUAUCUAUGACUAUACUGAAAAUAAAAUGGUGCAUUGAACUAUAAUUGCUUUUUGGACGGAGAGAUGUCGAAAAUCAUUUUGAUACUAUUUUUUCACAUUAUUGUGUAACAGACUGUCAUUCUUUUUCUUAUUAUAAUUUACAUUUCUUUUUAAAACUAUUAAGAAAACACAACACAUAAAGACAGUAGGUUUCUUGUUCAUCUAUACAAAGGAAAAAAAACAGAGCAUUGUGAACAUGGUGAUAUAUUUAUGUGUCAGUAUGCAAGACUGUGCAACAUGGCAACUAUUUCUACAGACUCUUCAUGAGAACAGUUUUUUAAUUUUAUUUUCUAUGUUUUUAUGAACCAUUGUGUUGAUACGGUCAAAACACACACAGACAACGUGAGAAAUGUUACACUAAUUAAACCCAAAUGGCCACGUAAAUGGGUAUAUACUACAGUAUUGCUUUUGUAUACCACGUUUGGUGUACAGUAUGCAUCCUUUUUAAUCGAUUAACCUUUGUAAGUGAAUGCUGCUGUAAAGAUAAUUACAUGUAAGCCAUGCCUAGUGAGAACACGCUAAGGUGUUUUAUUUUGGAAAUCACUAUGACUAAGAGUUUUCGAGAGAGCUGAGUGAAAUCAGAAGGACUCUACGCUGGUGCUACAACGUUAUCUGUGUAUUUAAGUGUUUGCUUUGUGUCUGUGAGAUGUAAAGGGAAUCUUAUGUGUAUACUGUACUGUACGUGAGUAUUAAAUUAUGAAACAACGUAA